AAGCGGGACAAGGGGAGGGGGCGAAGUCCACCCCGGACGUGGCUUUGUAAAGUGGAACGGGUGGGGGUCCGCAGCCCACCCUGGACGCGGCUAUGCAAAGUGGGUCUGGGGGGGGGUCCGAAGCCCACUUAGGACUUGGCUCUCUAAAGCGAGACAAAGGGGGGGUCCACAGCCCACCCGGCACGUGGCUCCUGGGGGGGUCUUCAACCCGUCUGGGGUCCUCCCCUUCAAGGGGAGGGGGGCGCCUUCCUUAUUGGAACUUCUGACCCGCCCCCACAGUCCCAAGACCCCAAGUUAGGAAUCCCUCCACCGGGUUCUAAUCCCUGGAAGCCCCCCCCCCCUCUCCGAAGAGCCUUCUGUACAUGCCCAGAAGCCUCUCGCCACUGCUGGGGUCCAGAGAAAAAAGUCUCCCAGAUUAUGACGGAUACUUUUAUCGCUUCCAGGGGGCGCCCCCCGCCCCCCCAAAGCUGAAGCCUAGUAAGAAAUAAAGCCCCAGGGAGGUGGGGGGGGCCCGACGGAGACACCCACCACCACCACCUCCUUUUCGCAAUUAAAUUCUGCAUCGUUUGGAUAUAAAAAGGAAGAACUUGGCAGCCUGCCAAGUUAACUCCCUUCCGCCCCCCCCCCCGGUUUUCCUAAGGACUUUUGACCGCGUUGCUAUGAGGUCUCCUGUCUUGAGCAGGGGGUUGGACUGGAUGACCUCCGAGGUCCCUUCCGGCUCUGUCCUUCUGUGAUCCUGUAAAAGUCUGCUUGAGCAGGAGGCUGGACUAGAUGACCCCUGAGGCCCCUUCCAACGCUGUAAUUCUUUGAUUCUGUAGGGGUCUCCUGCUUGAGCUGGACUAGAUGACCUCUGAUGUCCCUUCCAGCUCUGUGAUUUUGUGAUUCUUAAAGAAUCUUCUACCUCAGCAGAGGGGUUGGACUAGAUGACCUCCGAGGUCCCUACCAACUCUGUUAGUCUAUGAUUUUGUAAAGGUCUGCUUGAGCAGGGGGCUGGACUAGAUGACCCCUGAGGACCCUUCCAACGUUGUAAUUCUUUGAUUCUGUAGGGGGUCUCCUGCUUGAGCAGGGGGCUGGACUAGAUGACCCCCAAGGUCCCUUCCAGCUCCGUGAUUCUGUGAUUCUGUAAGGGUCUCCUACUCGAGCAGGGGGCUGGACUAGAUGACCUCCAGGGUCCCCACUGCUAUUCUGUGGUUCUUUGAAGGGUCUCCUACUCGAGCAGGGGGCUGGACUAGAUGACCUCCGAGGUCCCUCCCAGCUCCGUGAUUCCGUGAUCCUGUCCUGCUCGAGCAGGGGGGUUGGACUAGAUGACCUCUGAGCUCCCUUUCCCACUCUACCGACCCCGGCGGGAGAGGGACACCCCCUCCCGUGUUGCCAGGGCGACGGAAUGACUCCCUCUCCCCCCUCCUGUGCUUCUGAUAUUGGUCUAGGUUCUCCUGCUGGAGCGGGGGGGGGGUUGGACUAGAAGUCCUCCCAGGCCCCUUCCAGAUCUAUUCUGAUCAACGGACGGGCGGAAGGAAGGACGGACGGAAGAAAGGAAGGAGAGCAGAAGGAGGAGGAAGGGAGGAGAGGAAAGAGGAGGAAGGGAAGAAGAAGCAAUGACUUACCAGUCAGUGGGGGACUGGUCCCAGGCCGACGCGGAGUGGGGAGGCCCGCCAGGAGAGGACACCGAACUCCGGCUGAUCCUGGUCGGGAAAUCCGGAGGCGGGAAGAGCGCCACGGGCAACACCAUCCUCGGCCGGAGAGCGUUCGAAUCCGCCUUGGGAGUGAAGACCACCACCCUGAAGUGCCAAAGGGGGGAGGGGAGGUGGCGGGGCAAGAAGGUCUACGUGGUCGACACGCCCAACAUCUUCGAGUCUGAAGACUACGAUGAGAUUGUGCGACGCGAGGUCAUCUCUUGCAUCGACUUCUCCCGGCCCGGCCCCCACGCCCUGAUCUUGGUGACCCAGGUGGGGCGCUUCACCGCGGAAGACGCGGCCGCUGCCAAGUGCGUCUGGGAUAUAUUUGGGCCCGAGUCCUCCCAGCACACCAUCGUCCUCUUCACCUGCAAGGAGGAUCUGGAAGGGGGCCCCCUGCAGGAGUACAUCGCAGAAUCCGACAACCGGAACCUGCGGGACCUGAUCCGGCGGUGCGGGAACCGCUUCUGCGGCUUCAACAACAAGGCCGCGGGAAACGAGCAGAAGAGUCAGGUCUCGGAGCUGAUGGAGAUGGUGGAGAGGACCGUUGAUGAGAACGGGGUGAGAUACUACAUCAACCGGCUGUACCGGGACCCCAACUUGACGGACGGGCUCGUCAAAACAUUCCUGGCGGAGAACCGGGCGGCCCGCAAAAAAGCCGAGAAUGCCUUGGUGUUGAAAGAAAACGUGCUCAUCGGGGCGAUGAUCACUUUGUGCGUGCUGGCCUUUAUCUAUUUCAUAAUCGAGCAUCAUUAGUUCUUCCGUCCUUCGAAAUCUUCCGGACGGAUCUUCUGGUCUGAAGGCGGGAGGGGGGGCUGUCUGUGUUCAUGUAGAUCGACGGCACCCUCCCCCAAACUUUGGGCAACAACAGGUCCGCGGAGAGAGGAUUUUUCCACCGACCGAAGGCGCCGCGGUUUCGUGUGCUGCUUGCAUCCCCUGGACCGGCUUCUGGCACGCCGUGGACCGGUGCUGGUCCACAGCCUGGGGAUUGGGGACCCCUGGUGUAGAUGACCAGGCUGAGCCCGUGGGAGGGGUCAAGGGUGUUAUCAAUCUCGAGUCCCUUCACGCCCACAAGAGAUCUGUCCAGCCGACCGUCAAUUCCGUUGACUUUUAUCUACCGCUAAUUUAGUGCUGACUGUUAGUUGACCAGAUUCUAUUCGCCUGAAUCAUAAAUCGUAUGUGCUGUAACUUAACAUACGGUCUCGAUCCUUUGCACCAUGUUGUAACUGACCGUACGGUCUCGAUUCUUUCGACCAUGUUGUAACUUACCACACGGUCUCGAUCCCUUGGACCAUGUUGUAACUGACCACACAGUUUUGAUCCUUUGCACCAUGUUGUAACUUACCACACAGUCUCGAUCCCUUGGACCAUGUUGUAACUCACCACAUGGUCUCGAUCCCUUGGACCAUGUUGUAACUGACCAUACGGUCUCAAUCCUUUCAACCAUGUUGUAACUUACCACACGAUCUCGAUCCCUUGGACCAGGUUGUAACUUACCACACGGUUUUGAUCCUUUGCACCAUGUUGUAACUUACCACACGGUCUUGAUCCCUUGGACCAGGUUGUAACUUACCACACGGUCUUGAUCCUUUGCACCAGGUUGUAACUCACCACACGGUCUCGACCCCUUGCACCAUGUUGCAACUUUACGGUGUCGAUCCUUUCGUACCAUGUAACAACAUACUCUCUUGAUCCUUUCAACCAUGUGGUAACUUACCAUACGGUCUCGAUCCCUUGCACCAUGUUGCAACUUUACAUUGCUGAUCCUUUCACACCAUGUAAAAACAUAACGCUCUUGAUCCUCGGUACCACAUUGUAACUUAACAUAUGCUCUGGAUCCUUUGCACCGUGUUGUGACUUAACAACACACGGUCUCAAUCCCUUGUGCCAUGUUGUAACUUAACAUAGUCUCGAACCUUUGCACCAUGUUGUAACUUAAUAUAUACACUCAAUCCUUUGCACCUAGCUGUAACUUAAAAUACGGUCUUGUAUGUUUUGCACCAUGUAAUUAAACAUAAUGCUCUUGAUCCAUUGUGUCCGAGGCGUACGCUCAUUCGGAAGAUGUUAAAGACUAAUGUGCAGCUGAAACCAAACGAAUAAAUGAAUAACUGGAGAGAAAAAAAA